AUACAAAGGAGGUGGAGAUAAACACGAAUAGGCAACGGGGACACCUCCCUCCCUGUUCUUCUGGAACUUGGGGCCCAGGGCAGGGCAAGGAGUGGGGAGUGCUAUGACGGGGUGGAUGGGUGGCCUGCAGAGGGGCCCGUGUGCUGGCACUGGGUGAAGCACUGGGGGCGUGGGCACUGCUCUGGACAGGCUCAGAGUCAAAGUGACCAACAGCAUAUGGGGUCCAGCUGACUACACCCAGUCCUGGGAGCGAGGCCCACAGAAAGGCCUGCAAACAGGGUGGGCUUUAGAAAUGGGAAGGGAGCCCAGUGGGGGAGUGGACAGCCACAGAGGUGGACAUGCGCAGAGCGUGUCGAGGGGCUGGGAGAAUGCUGGGUGACUCUAGCAGGGACUGGUUUAGGGGUUGGUGAGGAUGUGGGAGGCCACUUUCUGCGGGUGAUGGGGCCCUUUUGGGCGAGCGUCUGAGCAGGGAGCUGCCCGGGCAGAGCGGCAGGCUGCCUGGCUUCGUGCGCAUCACGGCAACGGUUGGUUCCAGCUCAGGAAACGUAAGCCUGGCCAGGUGGAAGGCUCGCCCCUGCUCGCCAUCUGUUGAAGAAGGGUCAUCUUGGCCCAACCUGAUAUAACGAUCACACCCUCCUGUUCAUCACUACUGCUCCUUGUAAAACUAUCCUGUGACACAUUCUUCAAGGACAAGCCCCGAGCCAUGAUGAAGACCUUGUCCAGCGGGAACUGCACGUUCAGCGUGCCCGCCAAGAACUCGUACCGCAUGGUGGUGCUGGGCGCCUCGAGGGUGGGCAAGAGCUCCAUCGUCUCUCGCUUCCUCAAUGGCCGCUUUGAAGACCAGUACACGCCCACCAUCGAGGACUUCCACAGGAAGGUCUACAACAUCCGUGGCGACAUGUACCAGCUGGACAUCCUGGACACGUCUGGCAACCACCCCUUCCCCGCCAUGCGCAGGCUCUCCAUCCUCACAGGCGACGUCUUCAUCCUGGUGUUCAGCCUGGAUAACCGGGAGUCCUUCGACGAGGUGAAGCGCCUCCAGAAGCAGAUCCUGGAGGUGAAGUCCUGCCUGAAGAACAAGACCAAGGAGGUGGCGGAGCUGCCCAUGGUCAUCUGCGGCAACAAGAACGACCACGGCGAGCUCUGCCGCCAGGUGCCCGCUACCGAGGCCGAGCUGCUGGUGUCGGGCGACGAGAACUGCGCCUACUUCGAGGUGUCGGCCAAGAAGAACACCAACGUGGACGAGAUGUUCUACAUGCUCUUCAGCAUGGCCAAGCUGCCCCACGAGAUGAGCCCCGCCCUGCACCGCAAGAUCUCCGUGCAGUACGGCGACGCCUUCCACCCCAGGCCCUUCUGCAUGCGGCGCGUCAAGGAGACGGACGCCUACGGCAUGGUCUCGCCCUUCGCCCGUCGCCCCAGCGUCAACAGUGACCUCAAGUACAUCAAGGCCAAGGUCCUUCGGGAGGGCCAAGCCCGAGAACGGGACAAAUGCACCAUCCAGUGAGCAGGAAGGAUGCUGGGGUGGGGCUCUGGCAGUGCCUUAUGGGAGGUGGCUCCAGAUGCCCGCAUCCCCGCAGUGGGACCCCAGUGGCAGUCGCGUGUGAAGACCUUUGGUGCCAGGCUGGAGGACCCUGGCUUCUAACCUCUGUACCUUCUGCCUUCUCGCCACUUCCCUCUGAUUCCUCUUUUCCAUGGUUCCCCGUGGUUCCAGCUCUUCUGUGCGGGGAUGGAUCUCCGCAGAGCAGGCGACAAGGUUGGGAGACCUCGGGACUUACGCAGGGACCCAAGUUGGAGCUUCCUGGAACAGUCCCAGAAUGAAAACAGCACCCAGAGCCUACGGGGGAGGCUCUGGCGUGAGACCCAGCUUGGUUUAGGUGGCAGCUGGGAGACUCCCCCCGCCCCUAGUACACUCCCAAUCCUGAAACUCUUACCCUCUGGCUCAGCUGUUUGUACCCCUGCCCCUCAAGUUGGCCCCCACUGUCCCUGACGUUGAGCCAGGGGCCUCUGUGUGUGUGAAGAGGGUAUGGCCAUGUCCCCUGGCCCACGCCCAGCCAGGACCCCCUUCCUUCCUCAGCCUCUUCUCCCAGGCUCCCCCGUCUGCUGGUCCUGCUUUGUUGUUACAUCUGUUCUCAUGUUGUGUAUAGCGGUAGAAAUGAAAAUCCUUGUACUGUAAAAGCCUAGUGACCCCUUGUUGGCCGGGCCCACACCCAGUUCAGACCCGCUGCUUCCGUGGGGGACCCCUUCCUCCCCUGCGCCCAUGUGGGGCUGCUGUGGCCUGUCUGCAGCUGGACGCCGUCCUCCGUACUGAGCUGUACAGUUUACACUCACACAGGCGGACCAGGCCACCGGGCUACUUCUACCCCCAUUCCACAGAGGAGGUGGCUGAGACUCAGAGGAGAAGGUGACGUGCCCCGCCCUGGCCCCCAGCUAGUUCCGGACAGAGUUCUACCGAGAGCCAGGCUGUCCAUGACUAUGAUUGUUCCUCAAGCAUUUGUUGAGCGCCUGCUGGGUGCUGGGUCCACUGUGUGCUAGGAAACAAAGAGGGUGAGUGAUGCACUUUAUGCCCGCAGCGCCAGGGCCUUCCCCAUCCCUGGCCUGUUUCCCUUCACCCGCCUGGCCUUUGCCCACCCCUGCUGCCCCACUGCCUUCUGCAGCUGUUGGCAGGUGUGGAGGAGCAGCUGGGAGCCGGAGCUGAGCCCGAGAGAGGUAGGUGGGAAGGAUCCCUGUGUGUCUGUUCCUCAUGCCUGGAACUGGGCUCUGCUGGGUGCUAGGCCUGGGGGGAUUUGAACCUGUAGACCAAAGGCUCUUGUCAUCAGCUCUUAACAAAUAAAUUUUAUAUUUUAAUCUGAAAAAUAUUGACGUUUAGGGCCACAAGGAACCUUAGCGAUCAUCUAGUGAAUCUUUCUAAGGCUCAGAGAGGGUAAGUAACUUGCCCCAGAUCACACAGCAAGUCUAUGAGUGGCAGAAGCAGGGCUAGGUCUGGGUAUUCAGCACACGCCAUGACAUGCCCCCUCUCCUCAUGCUGCUUUGGCCCUUUUAGGGAUUUGAGGCAUCUUUUCCCUACUCUCUUCCUGGACUUGUCUCUGAGGGCUCCUGUAGAUUCUGUGUACAUUGUGCCCAUGUAUAUAAUGUAUACAGACAUGAACACACAGAUACACCCCCACCCUGGCCUCAGCUCUGCACACCCUACACCUCCACCCUGGCCCCUGCUGCUCACAGCAGCAGUUCUGACCCUGCUUCCGUGCUCCCGCCUGGCCCUUGCCUGAACCCUCUAAACAGACCAGGUGCCUUGGCCAGGACAGGUGUGUGGCCUGGUCUCACCUGGUCACGCCCGCGCUGCCCCAGAUCUCUGUGCACACUCUCAAUUAAAGUGGGUUUGUUUCUAA